UUGUGCCAGAGGCAGACAAAGGGUUUUCCGUUGUUUUUCUGCGAAGACAGAGGUGUGGAGCGUUUCAGAGAUAUCCUACAAGUGGUGAAGCGAUGUUUUAGCGGUGCGAUUUGGCAGAUUUUGCGCCCCAUCCAUCUACAUCUGAUAAACACUGUCAUUCCGAGCUGCACACAUCUGUGGACGCUCUCUGCAGGGGGGGAGAUGGCUGUUUUCCGGCUGUCGCUGCUUCUGCAAGUGGGAUUAGUCAUCGGAGCGAAUUACAAACACCCAGCUCGGUCGGGUGUCGGGGAGGAUGCGCUGGCCGGCGCGGAGACGCACCACGGCGGGCAGCGGCGGGCGCAGCUCCGCCUCGCUCCCGGUCCCGGUCCCGGUGGGGAGAACCUGCAUGAGCAGCAGCUUCCCAGGGUGGUCACGGCUUUCCUGCACACGGGGGACUCCAGCACCCUGAAACACGCCAACUGCUCCCGUAAGUACGAGCUCACCUCUCUGCGGGGAAGGUCACCCAUCACCGCAACAAGCCCGCACGACUCCAUGCGCAGCGUGCUGGACACGGUGCUGCACGCCACAAACUUCCUCAGCGUGAUCCUGCAAGCCAACAGGUCCAGGGAGAGCCACCUCCGCAGAGACAUCGAGUGGUACCAUGCAUUGGUCAGGAGCAUGCUGGAGGGGGAUGACAAGAUCCACCGGGCUUGGGUGACUUUUGCAAAAGGGGGGGAGGCGGCAUCAUCAUCGGGGCCGUCGGUGCUCCUGCAGGCCAGCAGAGCCGGCGGGGAGAUCCUGCUCCAAGACCUCUCCAUGGCGCACCAGCAUCCGCACAACAGCACCACGGAAACACGCUGGUACCACGACAUGAGGGACAGGAGCAACCCCACUUUCCACAAAAGGGUUCUGACCCAAGAUUUUAGAUCCGUGGAGAAUGAGUUGAAAAGGGGAGAGAGUUUCAUCCCGGACGGAACGCACGUCAAAUGGUCUGCGCCCUUCUUGGAGUGCGAAAAUGGGAAUUUUGUUCCGCGCUGGCUUCUGACUUUAUCUGCUGCUUUCUAUGGCUUGAAGUCCGACCUGGUUCCUGAGUUCAGGGGCGUGGUGCGGGUGGACGUGAGUCUACAGGAUGUUGAUAUUGACCAGUGCUCGGCCGACGGCUGGUUUGCUGGAACCCAUCGAUGCAACCUGACCACUAUGGAGUGUCUGCCGCUGCGCGGCCAUGGAUUUGUCCUGGACAAGUACAAGUGCCACUGCAAGAGAGGAUACUACCAUCCCAACAGAGUAGCCGUCAACGGCUUCACAAAGUCGGGGCGACAGGGCAAAGCGGCGGACGGCGGUGCGGGUGGAGACGAGGGCUCGUCCAGCGACUGCCUGCCGUGCCAGCAGGGCUGCGCCUACUGCAAGGACGACACGCCGUGCGUUGCCCGGGAGGACGGAGCGCUGCGCCUGGCCGUGCUGUCCUUCCAGUGCCUGUGCAUGCUCAUCGUCUUCAUCAGCAUGGUCCUCGUCUACCACUUUCGCAGAAACAAGAGCAUCAGAGCCUCGGGCCUCGUCCUGCUGGAGGCCAUCCUGUGUGGAGCGCUGCUUCUCUACUUCCCCGUUGGGAUCCUGUAUUUCCAGCCCAGCGUUUUCCGCUGUAUCCUGCUGCGUUGGGUUCGAUUGCUGGGCUUCGCCACCGUUUAUGGGACGCUAACUCUUAAGCUGUACAGGGUGCUGAAGGUGUUCCUGUCCCGUACGGCCCAGAGGAUUCCCUACAUGACCAGCUGGCGGGUGCUGCGUCUGCUGGGCGUCAUCCUGCUCAUCGUGUGCUGGUUCCUGGUGGCGUGGACGUCUGCCGUCUGUCAGAACCCCGACAGGAAGUCGGCUCUCAUCGACGUGGGCUUCACGCCCGACGGCCUGCAGUUCAGCAUGUGCCUCCUGGAUCGCUGGGACUACAUGAUGGCUGUCGCCGAGUUCCUGUUCCUGCUGUGGGCCGUGUACCUCUGCUACGCGGUGAGGACCGUGCCGUCAGCCUUCCACGAGCCUCGCUACAUGGCCAUCGCCGUUCACAACGAGCUGGUCCUGUCAGCCAUAUUUCACGUGAUCAGGUUCACUCUUGCUCCCGAACUUCAUCCAGACUGGAUGCUGCUUCUGUUUUUCACUCACACACACUUAACUGUAACAGUUGCGCUGGGACUGCUGCUCGUUCCUAAGUUCCUGUUUGCGGGCACCCACAUGAGAGAUGAUAUAGCGUCCGAGGCCUACGAGGAUGAGCUGGACAUGGGUCGCUCCGGGUCGUACCUCAACAGCAGCAUAACAUCAGCGUGGAGCGAGCACAGCCUGGAUCCUGAGGACAUUCGGGAAGAGCUGAAGAAACUCUACUCCCAGCUGGAGAUUUACAAGAGGAAGAAGAUGCUGGCAAAUAACCCCCAUCUGCAGAAGAAGAGAAGCUCUAAGAAAGGGCUGGGUCGCUCUUUGAUGAGGCGCAUCACAGAGAUUCCUGAGUCAGUGCAUCGGCAGUGCAGUCGCGAGGACAAGGAGGUUGGAGAGCAUGGUAGCAACCGGAACAGCAUCUGCAUGCUAAAGAAGAAUCCAUUGGAUCAGACUCAUUCAGGAAAACCAGCAAAAGAGGAGGCAAUGAAGAACAAGGUGUUCUCCCUGAAGAAGUCCCACAGCAGCUACGACCAUGUCCGUGACCAGAGCGAAGACUCCAACAUCUCUGGGAUGGACAAGAUGGAGGUGAACACAGCUGAAGUGUCCCUCCUGGAUACACUCAUGGGCAAGAAGCUGGCUCAGAAGAAGUCCAGUGAGAAUAUAAACAACACCCCCAGUGAAUCCACCGAAUCAGUUCCCUUAGUCUGCAAGUCGGCCAGUGCCCAUAAUCUCACUGCAGACAAGAAGCCAAUCCAUCCCAGAGCGUCCAUGCUGCAGAAGUCUCUCAGUGUCAUCGCCAGUGCCAAAGAGAAGACUUUGGGGUUUGCUGGAAAAACACAGAGCACAGAGGAGAGCAAUAAAAAGAGUCAGCCAAAGAAAGCAAAUGCAGAGACAGAGGAGUACCAGUCCAAGAUGAUUAUGAGUCAAUCAGUCGACUACAAACAAAGCCCUGCUAAAAGCACCAUCAUGAAACAAGCAGUGAGCGGCAGCCAGCCUUCAGUCUGCUCCGAUUCACUCAAGGGAAAGGACCUUUAUAAUCUCUCAGAAGUCUGUCCCUGGGAACUGGAAGAUCUCCCAACUCCAUCUGAGAACAAGGUCCAAAAACACGUGUCAAUAGCUCCAAAGGAAACCACAACAAUUCACGGUGGCAGCAUUAAGGGAAGCAAGUCCCAGAAGCAGAAAGCUUCGGAGCAGUCUCCAUCGAGUGGCAGGCACUCAAAGGAGACUCAGAAGACGACAGCUGUUCGAGCCGACGUUUGUCCGUGGGAAGAGGGAGGUGAGAGUCAGGCCAGUCCAGCCGAAGGGUCGAGGCAACUAGUGUCCAGUCUGUCUAAGCCUAAGCAGCCUCACGCCACAUUAGAAAGCUCCAAAACAAGUCAGGCUGACAUUUGUCCUUGGGACUUUGGAGAUCCACAAAAGACAGAGUUAGCUCCAUCACCAGAUUCAGCAAAGCAGAGGAAGAGUACCUCUCCUAUAGAUGGGAGAGGGAUGGGUACCGUGUCAGAUGCCCCCAAGGUGGGGGCAUUUCUUCAGCCACAGAUAUCGAAAGUUGACGUAUGUCCAUGGGACUACGACAAUGCGGCAACUACUCCAAGUCCCGAGAGGACGCCUAGUUCUGCACAAGCGUCCAAAUCCAAGGAAAACCCUUCAAAGAAGAAAGGCACUCCAUCAGCAAGGACGGUUGAGAAAGAGAUAUCAAAAGACACUGGCGAGGAGAGAAGUAAAACAAAAGUCAAAGACAAGAGCAGAGAGAAACACAUGAGCCAACCAAAAAUGGCCGAGGUCUGCCCGUGGGACGUGGAGAGUCCACAGGAGGUGCCGUUGGUGGAAAAAAGGAAAAGCGCUAAUGUCGGAGCAGCCAAAGCAAAGCCGGUGGAAGUCUGUCCGUGGGAUUUUCAGGAUACGGAAACAGAUAAAAAAGGUACAGACAAAAGUGGCGCCGGAGUGAAGGAGAGCAAUCCCAACUCCAACAGUGGAGCUGCCAGUAUUGCUAGAAAAGCCGAUGUUUGCCCGUGGGACUUUGAGGAGAACACAUCAAGCAAGAAGGCAUGACACCCAACAUUAAUGGACCACUGAAGUUACAGAUAGUCAGUGUAUAUGUUUUUGUUUUUUGUUUUUUCACUUGGAAAUGGUUCAAUAUUACCUUUUACUAUUUGUAUGGUGACUUGGAAGCAAAGUUGAUCCAGUUCCACAAGUUGCCUUUCUUUCCAAGGUUUAGUUCUUGUUUUACACAUUUUGGAAAUAAUUAAAAUGUAGAAAAAAAUAAAAUAAAGUCAAGAUAAGCAUUCCAGAAAACUACGGGAAAAUCCUGAAGGUAAAUUGUAGACCAAUUAUGCAACUUUUGAUUCAACAUCUUUAUUUCGUGAGCAAUUGUUGGACGUCUGCUUUUGUCAUGUUGACAGCCUUUACCUUUUGUUUUGCUCAUAUGUUGUUAAAGUAGGAUGUGACAUGCAGGUAGAUUUAGUAUGAAAAAAAAAGGUGAGAGAUGAAGGUUGAAGCGUAAACUGCAAAAGUGAAAGCCAAAGAAUAAGGAAGCAUGUGAAGACAAAGCUUUGGUUUUCAGGCUGUACUACAAAUGCGUUAGUUUUGUCUUUGGCCCAGAAGGAAGGAAAUCAGUCUAUAGCACUUUAGCAAACUUCAUAAAUUAAGAAUGAAGGACAGAUUCUGUCUUUUAUGUACAUUUUUUUAUCCUCUUGUCAGCAUCAUGGCAUAAUAUCGCACAGGAUAUCUGACACUUAAGGUUUUGUCUUUCCUGAUUUGUUUGGAUCUACUUAAUUGUAGUUCUCUACAGGUUCAAAUGCUUCCAAGUCUGCAGAGAUGUACUGUAUGUGCCUAAAUAAAUAGCAUUGUCUUGUAUUAGUCUGAAGGGAAGCCGGUGGCUUCUUCUCCAGCAUUUUGUGACAGCGAAUUAUAUAAACAGCAUGCACAGCCAGGUAUCGAGUAACUGGACAAUACCAGUUUGUCAAAUGAAGCAGCUGAUAUGUUGAGGGAUUUUUUUGUUGUUUUUUUUUAAAGAAAAAUUCAUGUUCCUGCUUUGAUAUUCCUCAAAAUUAACAGAUGGCAAAGAAAAAAAGGGAAUAUCAGGGCAGUCUUAACAUUAAUGUGUUUUUGAAUUGCUUGGUUGUUCAUGUAUGUAAAAAAGCAGGGAUGGAAAUAUACAGAAGAAAGUCGUGUGCACCAGCUUUAUAAAUGAAUCCAGCACAGAUCUCUGUGUUGCACCAAAUACUGUAUGUGUCAUAAAUACAAACAAAAGAUGUGACGCAUUUAUCUUGAAAUUCAGUCCUAUUGAGCUAUUUAUACUCCAACUACUCCAAUAACAAUAAUGACUUAUAUCCAGUAAUAAUAUUUAUAAGAAACAAGAACUCAAAUACGUCUGCUCAAUUAAAACUUGGGUUUUAUGUUAUAGUUGUGGCCAUCAAAUGUCACAUAUUCACUCAGAAGUUAGAUAAUCCUCCGGGAUAGCAUGAUAAAUGUGGAUGCUAACAGUUGUCUUAAACAUUCAUCCCAGUUUAACUAUGUAACUACACAUCUGCGCGCUCAUGCUGCUCAAAUUUUGAUUAACUUCAGUUUUAUUUAUUCAUUCGUUGUCUCACUCAUGUUUUUUCACUUGGAAAAGGUUCAAUAU